AGAGAGAGAGAGUAGGUUCUGUGUGUAUUCUCGCAGAUUCAUCAGAUCCCAACCAUAAAGCAAAAGCGAAAGCAAGAAAAAUAAAAUAAAAAAGAAAAAAGAAAACAACAAAUAGCGUACCCGCUGGUCUGGUGGCUGUGCUUCUCUUUCUCUGUCUCUGUGUUGUUCUUAUCUUCUUCUUCGUUUUUUUUUUUUUUUGAAGUUUUUACAAAAUAAUUCAACUCUCAGUCUCUGCUCAUAUGAAUGAGCUUCAUUGACGUAAUCGGCAUGGGAUAAACGCUGUAUUUGAUGCUGCGUUUAUCUUCCAGGUCUGUCUAUACUUCGGUUUGUAACUUUUUGUUUUUGCUUUUGUUGUUGUUCUAGUUUGGCGGUGGUGCCUUCUUCUAGGGUUUUCUUUACUUCAGUUUUACGGCAUAAUGCGUUGAGGUGCUUAUUUCCUUGUCUUCUGGUUAUCUUCACUUUCUACUGGUUUACUCUCUAUUUUAUCUUGAUGGCUGCGGUUUCGGUGAAAAUCAAGGAAAUCGAACGAAGAUUUGCGUGUGUACGUGUCUCUUUGUGAAGUCUGUGUUUACAGGAAGAUGCGUCGUCACCUUCUUUUUGGUGGAUGAGAAAGUUUUGGAAGUAAAAGAGACUUUGGUGGCUAGUUUUUUUUCUGUUUGGUUUAUCAGGAAGAAGAGAAAUGAGAGACCCGCCUCGUCCGAGUUAGACAAUUGUAUUCGGUAAAAAGCAGAGUGUUCGGUCGAGGAAUAGUGGAAAUCUACGGGUUUAUUGUUCUUUUUCUUUACAUUUUCCUGCGUUUUCUCGUAGCCAAAGAGGAUAAUAGCUUAAGAUAUUCGCUCUUGUAUAUUCCCUGAAUUUGGAUCUAGUAGUUUUUCCUCACGAGUAUGGCGCUCAUGAUUCUUACCUUUGGUUUUGUGCAUGUUUGUAUUUCUACAGGGUUCGUGUUCUCAGAUCUAAGGCCGUGAAGAAGAUUGCUGUGUAAUUCAUCCGUUUGUCUAUACUCCUGAUUUGAGUCUCUGCAACUUGGACCCGAAGAUGCAGAGGCCUCCCCCAGAAGACUUUUCCCUUAAGGAGACCAAGCCCCAUCUUGGAGGCGGGAAGAUCUCCGGGGACAAGCUCACAAGUACCUAUGACCUUGUUGAGCAGAUGCAAUAUCUUUAUGUUCGUGUUGUCAAGGCCAAGGAUUUACCUGGAAAAGACGUUACAGGUAGUUGUGAUCCGUACGUUGAAAUUAAACUUGGAAACUAUAAGGGUACCACCAGAUAUUUUGAGAAGAAGUCAAAUCCUGAGUGGAAUCAAGUGUUUGCAUUUUCAAAAGAUAGAAUCCAGGCUUCAUUCCUUGAAGUUAGUGUGAAGGACAAGGACUUUGUGAAGGAUGAUUUCAUGGGUCGGGUUGUAUUUGAUCUGAAUGAGAUCCCAAAACGGGUUCCACCAGACAGUCCUUUGGCACCACAGUGGUACAGGCUGGAGGAUAGGAAGGGUGAUAAGCUCAAGGGAGAGUUGAUGUUGGCUGUUUGGUAUGGUACUCAAGCAGAUGAGGCAUUCCCUGAAGCAUGGCAUUCAGAUGCCGCUACUGUCAGUGGAACUGAUGGCCUUGCAAAUUUUAGGUCCAAAGUUUAUCUUUCUCCAAAGCUUUGGUAUUUGAGAGUUAACAUCAUUGAGGCUCAGGAUUUGCAGUUAGGUGACAAGGGUAGAUAUCCGGAUGUGUUUGUGAAGGCUACACUGGGAAACCAGGCUUUGAGAACCAGGAUUUCUCAAAGCAGGUCUCCGAAUCCAAUGUGGAAUGAAGAUUUGAUGUUUGUAGCAGCAGAGCCAUUUGAGGAGCCUUUGAUCCUUAGUGUGGAAGAUAGAGUUGCACCAAACAAGGAUGAAGUUUUGGGCAAAUGUGCAAUUCCCUUGCAGUACGUGGACAGGAGGUUUGAUCACAAACCUGUGAAUACCAGAUGGCAUAAUCUUGAGAAGCAUGUUAUUGUAGAAGGAGAAAAGAAGAAAGAGAUUAAGUUUGCCAGCAGGAUUCACGUCAGAAUCUGUUUGGAAGGCGGGUAUCAUGUUCUGGAUGAAUCCACUCACUACAGUAGUGAUCUUAGGCCAACUGCAAAACAGCUCUGGAAGUCCAGCAUAGGGGUUCUGGAAUUGGGAAUCCUAAAUGCACAGGGAUUAAUGCCUAUGAAGACCAAAGAUGGUCGGGGAACAACCGAUGCUUAUUGUGUGGCAAAGUACGGACAGAAGUGGGUUCGAACCAGGACAAUCAUAGAUAGCUUUACACCCAAGUGGAAUGAACAGUAUACUUGGGAGGUUUUUGAUCCUUGUACCGUCAUAACUAUUGGGGUAUUUGAUAACUGUCACUUGCAUGGGGGAGACAAGGCUGGAGGGGCAAAGGAUUCAAGGAUUGGAAAGGUGAGGGUUCGACUAUCAACUCUUGAGACAGAUCGGGUUUAUACACACUCAUAUCCACUGCUAGUGCUACACCCGAAUGGCGUGAAGAAAAUGGGUGAAAUUCAUUUGGCUGUGAGGUUUACUUGCUCUUCAUUGCUUAAUAUGAUGCACAUGUACUCACAACCUCUUUUGCCAAAAAUGCACUAUCUUCAUCCAUUAACAGUUAGCCAGCUCGAUAGCUUGAGGCACCAGGCUACUCAGAUUGUCUCAAUGAGACUGAGCCGGGCUGAGCCACCAUUGAGGAAAAAGGUUGUUGAAUAUAUGCUGGAUGUGGAUUCUCACAUGUGGAAUAAGCUCACAAACAUGGCUACCUUCUUUCUUAUUAUGAAUGUUCUGAGUGCAUAAGUUGCAGAAGGAAGAUGACUUGACGAGACUUGCAAUUGUUACCCUCCCGUCAUCACGUCACUGAUUCGCCUAUUGUUUAUAAUAUUGGUCCUUUAUGCUGAUCUCAUCUUACCUACGAUAUUCCUCUACCUCUUCUUGAUUGGAGUUUGGUAUUAUAGGUGGAGACCCAUACAUCCUCCUCACAUGGACACUCGUCUCUCCCAUGCUGAUUCUGUACAUGUUGAUGAACUGGAUGAAGAAUUCGAUACCUUCCCAACUUCUAGGCCUGCUGAUAUUGUGAGGAUGAGGUAUGAUCGGUUGAGGAGCAUUGCUGGGAGGAUUCAGACUGUAGUUGGUGAUUUGGCCACUCAAGGGGAGAGGUUGCAAUCGUUGCUAAGUUGGCGUGACCCAAGGGCAACAGCUCUUUUUGUGAUUUUCUGCCUGGUUGCUGCAGUUGUUCUUUAUGUUACACCUUUCCAGGUUGUGGCCCUUAUCACUGGGUUUUAUGUGUUGAGACAUCCUAGAUUCCGUCAUAAGCUUCCUUCAGUCCCCCUGAAUUUCUUCAGAAGGUUGCCCGCAAGAACGGAUUGCAUGCUAUAAGUGGAACCUAUUCUAUCUGUGUAAUUACUCUCGAGCGGAAUGACCUUGGAUGUUCGUGUCUUUUUAAUCUGAUCUAAGAAGACGCCAAAAGAAAUGGAGCUCGUUCGAUUUGUUUUAUAAGCGGCUGAUCUUUGGUGCUGGUGUGAUGCUGUGUUACAACUGUAACCUUUGCCUGAAGGUAGUAGAUUUUGUGGAUUUUCUUUUAAUUAAUGGUUUAUAGGAUUUCUAUUUCAAAACUUGAGUUUAUUGUAAUCAAUCUUAUCUCCGUUUGUAAUUUUGUAGGGUGUGAUCGGAUUUAAACUUUUUACUAAAAACCAUGUAAUGUUUAAUUAUAUAAUCUAGUAGAUCUUUCCUAGUGGGAAUUUGGUCCCCCAACCUUUCGAACA